AUGAACUGCGUCUGGGUAGAGAAUCGAGUACCUAGAACUAGUAUCGAAGAUCUGACGAGACGCUGUCGAUUGACACGUGUCGAGCUUGAUCAUGAAGAUAGCGCCAAAACCAAAUCGAUGUUUAGGUAUCCAAGAGACUGUCGAGGAAUUGGUGACGUCUGGAAGACAAUAGCAUCCGAGUUGCCGUCACAUUGGUUCCACUUCGAUGCACCAGUGAUAAGAAUAGAUACAAAGGCAAAAACGGUACAUCAUGGCAAUGGAGAGUCGAGUGAAUACGAUUAUGUGGUAUCAACGAUGCCCAUAGUGGAGCUUGGGCAAAGUGACGUUGUUCUUGUUGGAAUCGGCAUGCGACGACCUCAACCAGAAUUCACGGAACAGCUCUCUUGGCUUUAUUUCCCCCAGCCAGACAUUAUUUUCUACAGGUGUACAUUUAUGUCCAACUUCAACGAACGUCUCACGCCUAAUGCUGUGCUAUUCUGGUCUGUACUGGUGGAAAUUGGCAUGAGCUCUGACGAAGAUUUUGAUGAGGACGCAGUUAUAGAUUGUACUAUCAAAGACCUUAUGGAGCACGGAAUCAUCUACCCAACAAGUAGGAUAGAAUCCACAUGGUUGCAUGUGCUACCGUAUGGAUAUCCGAUUCCAACGCUGAACCGAGACAAAGAACUACAAAAAGCUCACAAAUUACUUGAAAUGGCGAACAUCUAUUCUCGUGGACGAUUCGGCAGCUGGCGAUAUGAAGCAGCUAAUCAAGAUCAUAGCUUUACAAUGGGAACAGAGGUGAUCGACAGAAUCGUCUUCGCUGCAGAGGAAACCAUAUAA